CUUUGGUACAUACUGAUAUGGGUAUUUUAUUCGACAAAUUUACUUAGUACUCGCUCAGUAGGCUUGUUGAAAACACUGGCUAUCAAGAAGUGUUGUAGGUAUAGGUAUGUGUAGUGUAUUUUGGUGUUGUUCCUACAUCCUUAAAGUUCCUCAUGUAGUAUAGAUAUUUCAUUGUCACAUAAGUGUUAUGAAAAAGUAAGUACCUACAUAAAAAUAUCGUGUAGAUGACAAGCAAACAUAUGAAAAUAUUGGGGUUAAAACGCAUGGGUAAGAACUUUUAUCUCGUCGAAAAUGGACUUUCAUGUAAUAGCGAUCUUUUUCGUGGCAUUUUUUCUCUCUAACCACCUACUAGCAGAAUCAGCCAAAAUAUUAGGCAUUUUUUCAGUACGCAGUAAAAGCCACCAUUCUAUACAUCAACCAAUUCUUAAUGGUCUAGCCAACAGUGGUCAUCAAGUCACCAUAAUAGGUCAUUUCAAAUCAAACCAGAAUGUAUCAAAUUAUAAGGAAAUUCUUAUCUCAGAGUUCGAAAAAGUCAGUAAUUGGGUAGACUGCAUAACUGUUGAAGAUAGGACGAAUUACGUGGGAGUUCAGAAGUGGUUAAUGGUUUCAUAUACAGUAGAACUACCGAAAUGUGAAAAGAUUUUUCGCUUCGAUUACAUAAAACAAUUAAUAAAAUCAUCAACAGAUCAUUCAAUCGAUUUGAUUAUCACGGAAGUUUACCAUAUUCGAUGUUUUCAUUUAUUAGCGCAUAAAUUAAACGUCCCAUUGAUACUUAUUUUACCACCAAGCUCUGAAAUUGGGAACGACUAUUUUGUUGGAAAUCCAUUCAUUCCGUCAAUUACACCUCUACGAAAUACAAUAUUUACUACAAAAAUGAAUUUUUGGCAACGUUUUGAGAACUUUUUCCAAUAUGGGUUGACGUAUUGGUAUCAUAACAUUAUACAAAAUAAAGAUAUGGAGAGGCACGCUCGUGAAAUUUUCAAUAUGACAUUGCCAUCGGAUGAAGAACUGAAUAGAAAACCAGCAUUGGCUUUCUAUAAUAACCAUCCGAGUUUUAUUUCAAGACCAAAGUCUCCUAAUGUGAUAGAUAUCGCCGGAAUACACAUCAAAGAAGCAAAAAAAUUACCAAGGGAUAUAGAAGAAUUCAUAGAAGGAGCCCCUAAUGGAGUGAUUUUAUUUUCCUUUGGAACAACAAUUAAAGCAAGCAGCAUGGGAUCUGAAAAACUGAAAGCUAUCACAGACGCAUUAUCAGUCAUACCUCAAAGAGUUCUAUGGCGAGUAAAUGAUUUGAACAUAACUGAUGUUUCACCAAAUGUCAAAUUGGGUACGUGGUUUCCCCAGCGAGAUAUAUUAGAACACAAGAAAGUGAUCGCAUUUAUCAGUCAUUGCGGCCUAUUGGGAACACUGGAGGCUAUUUAUACGACGACUCCGGUCAUUGGAGUACCCUUCAUGCUGGAUCAAUUUCAAAAUGCGAAUAUAUUAGUUGAACGAGGAGUUGGUAUCUAUGUUGACUAUUUUUCAAUGAAUAAAGAGUCUCUCAUAGACGCCAUUGAAGAAAUCACAAAAAAUAAUAAAUACCGCGAGAAUAUCAUAAAAUGGUCGAAAAUUAUCCAGGAUAGACCAAUGUCUCCUCUAGAUGAAGCAUUGUAUUGGACAGAAUAUGUGUUGAAGCAUCAAGGAGCUCCUCAUCUGAGAAUAGCAGCUGCUGAUAUGCCGUUGUAUCAGUAUUUACUGUUGGAUGUACUUGCGUCAAUAUUGGCCAUUGUUAUAGGUUUCAUGUAUUUUUUAAAAUUAAUCAUUAAAUGCAUACUUUCCCUGAUGUGGCAGCAGAAACCUAAGAAAAAUAAAAUUCAAUAAAACUUC